GGAAAAUUUAAAAAUAAAUUACGAUAUUAAUAUAUUUGCAUUUAACCUAGACGGAUACCUGGCUAUUACCAUUUAUGUUUUCGGCGAAUAUCCCAACUACUACUAUAUUAAUCAUUCUUCUAUGAACGCUGACUGCUAUGAAAACAAGGUAUUCCGAAAACAGACCGUCUGUGUAACUUUUAAACUAUGAUUUAAACAAUAGGCUUCAAUAGUUUACCACAUAUUACUUGAGAAUCAUCACAGAAUGCCUCUCUACUUAUAGUCCGAUUGUAAAAUUUUACAAAUUAAAAACUAAACUACUACACACUAAUUCUAAUACUAAUAAUAAUAGUAUUAGUAUUAACUAGUAUAGUAUAAUACUAUACACUAUACACUAACUACAGACUACUCAGUACUGUCUAUAAUAAUUAUAAUUAAUAAAUAAAAAAUUAAUAUAUGUUGUUAUAGUCAAAUAUAGUCGCACCGGGUAACGUACAACUAGUACGUAUAAAUUUAUAAAUAUUUACUAAAUAGUAAAAUUCUUACUACCUCUAAAUCUAAACUCUAACUAUGGACUAUACCUGGACCACGAACAAUAACUUACAACUUAUUACUUACUAUUACUACUACUACUACUACUACUACUACAAUCACUACUACAUGACAAGAUGCAGUCACAAGUGGUGAAGUGUAAACUUUAAUUUUAAAGAAGUAGGCUAAUUAAUUAGUAAACGGUAGGCCAAUGUACAAAUUUUUUACUAUUUAAUUAGUCAAAGUACUCAAAGUCUAGGCCUUAAUGCCUACUACUAAUGAUUUAGACUAAUGACAAUGAAAUAGCAAAACGGGGUAUGUUGAAGCUUUACUUUAAUUAAAGGACAGGACAUUUCAAUAAGAUUUGAACGUUUCGGCAUAGAGCCUUCUUCAGUGCACAUGACAAAUGAAAAUAUCACAAGGAACAGAGCACAGUAAACAACUCAAGAAAUAUCCAUUGUUGUUGGCGGAAGUAGGAUUACUAAUGAUUAGGCUAUUACUAAUACUACUAUUAUUAUUGGUAUUGGGCUUGGGUACUGAAUUUGAAUUAAGAAAGUAACUUACUCUUCCAAGUCAUCCACACAGACCAGGAGAUGAAGUAGUGCAGUCACAUUGUGAUUAAAAAUGAAAAAGUAACUAUAGUCAGUGAUGUACUCACUUAGCCUUCGACCUUUUUUUUCACUCUUAAUUUUAUAAGAAGUUUAUCUAAAAUAAAGGUAACAGUCUUUAUAGGACCAGGAUAAUAAAAUAAAUUCAAUUACUUACUAGGCUACUUUUUAAAUUUUACUUACUUACGAUUUCAAUUUACUUAAGACAAAACAUAACCCCAUGCGUAAAUGUAUUGCCUAUGUUUUCUCAUGCCAUAGGCCAUAGGAGCAUAGGAAAUGAAAAGCCAACUGGGGUCACAUUCAAAGUGGCCUCUAAACAAAAAUAUUAAGUAAAACUAUUUAGUCUUCUCACUCUACAUUGAUGAUAAAUUAUUGGAUUGCAGAUUGUUGAUAUUUUACCUUCGCCAUGUAAGGCCUAAAAUUUAGGAUCUUUUGAAAAAAUCUCAAAUUGAUUUUUAAUAAUGUAACAGGUAAAUUGUUAACAUUCUAGUAUUUAAAAUUAGAGAUAACGUAAUUCCAUUUUCAUUAUUAUAAUCUUAUUUAAAAAAAGCAUUUUGAACCUUAACUUAAAUAACCAGUAGCAAACCAUUUGAAUUUGAAAAAUACCCCUGAAUCAGUAUUUUUAAAACGUCCCUUAAAUAUUAAUUUCUGUUAUCAGAUGACAGAUAGCAGAGAAAACAGAGACCAGCAACAGCCUGAUGAUGACCUGAGCAUUCCUCGAGCUGCACUCAAUAAAAUGAUAAAAGAAUUGCUUCCAAAUAUUCGAGUUGCUAAUGAUGCACGAGAGCUGAUACUAAACUGUUGUACUGAAUUUAUCCAUCUUGUUUCUUCAGAGGCAAAUGAAAUUUGUGUAAAGCAGAACAAAAAGACUAUAUCGCCAGAUCACAUUGUGGAAGGUGCAGUACUUAUUUUUGUAGUAAACAAAUUACUACAGUGUUUUUCAGAAAAUAAAUCAGGGUCUUAUAUUAAUUUUUGCACUAUAACGCAUUAGGGAUGAUUUUCAGUGGACGUCAUAUUUUUUUUAUGUGCAGAAAUCUAUAUUUAUCAAAUACAGUACAGUGAUGUCAUCAACUUUUGGAACAUUGUCAUAAUUCUUCAACCUGUGUCUGUGCUCUCACUGGACAUUUCAGCAUUGAGUCUGACUUCUGUUAAAUACAGGCUAGAUUUUAUUUCUGACUGACAAUCUUUAACUAGAAAUUAUUUUUGGGUAUGGCUUAUAUUAUAUAUAAGCAUCCUAAAAAAAAAAAACAUUGUAGGGCUUAUUUUCAGUGUAUGGAUUAUUUUCAAAGAAACUCAGUAUUAACAAAGGUAUAUUUUAUGUUAUCCCUCCUACCUAACACACAAACUAUUUACAAUAAUUUUGUUUAUGGCAGCUCUUGAAAGUCUUGGUUUUGGAGCAUACAAAAAUGAGGCUAAAGCUGUCCUCAAAGAGGCCAAAGCAAUAGCAGCAAAGAAACGAAGAGGAAGUUCCCGUCUAGAAAAUCUUGGCAUACCAGAAGAAGAGCUUCUUAGGCAACAGCAAGAACUUUUUGAAAAGGUAAAUAAGGAGAUCAAGGAAAUAGAUCAAUUCCUAAAUACUGGUAAUUUUUUUAGAAACCUACACUGUAAGCCACACUUAACCUUAUUACACUUGUAUCCAUGCUAAUUCCUUUUGUUCACAUCACCUCCUUCUCUGCAAGACAAAAUUUAUUAUCUCCAUAAGUCCUUUAAUCCUCUUUUCAGACAGUUUUAUGGGUAACAAAAAUGUAUUGUCAGCCCCAGGUCUCAUUGUGGGAUAAACAAUUGAUACAGAUGUUACCAUCACGAAUAGCAAUGUCUCCAAUCUUUCACUCUUCACUCUUGUAGGCUAGACAAGAACAAGCUCUACUUGAUCAGCAACAGUGGAUGCAAAUGCAGCAAGCAUUACAACAGCAGCAGCAGCAACAACAGCAGCAGCAACAGCCAGAUGACAAUGACGACUACUCUUAGCACAUCAUGCAAGAUAGUUCAAAGAUCUUUCUUUUAGAUAUUCAAAAUAAAAAAAAAAAUUAUGUUUUUUAAAAAAUGUCACUGUCUGAAUUUUUCUUCUUUAACU